AUGAUCAUUAGAACUCCUUGCAUCACACACAGCUCUACAACCUGGGAUCGACAUUAGGCAUUUUCAAGAUCAUGAGUGUACUUCUGGAAACAUCUGCUGGUGAUAUUGUUAUCGACCUCUUGGUCGAUUACUCUCCCAAACUUUGUGAAAAGUAAGUCUUGAAUCCCUAUGUCCCUCCAUGCCUUAUGAAGUAGCUGAACGCAUAGAUACUAAGAUAUCGCGGUAAUCUAGCUUCCUAAAGCUGUGCAAAAUUAAAUACUACAAUUUCUCCCCGAUCUAUGGUGUCCAGAAGAAUUUUUCGUGCCAAACUGGCGAUCCAAUAGGACCCGACUCGAAAGAUAGCGACGGGGGAAGCUCGAUAUGGGGAUUAUUAGAAGGGUCAGCAAAGAAAACAUUCAAGGCAGAUUUUCACCCAAAAUUAAAGCAUGCGGAGAAAGGAACUGUUAGUAUGGCGACUGCGCCGUCGACGAGAGAUCCGGACGAACGUCUUGCAGGCAGUCAAUUCAUAAUUACCUUGGGAGAUGAUUUAGACUAUCUGGAUGGCAAGGCUGCUAUAUUUGGCAAGGUUGUAGAAGGAUUCGAUGCGCUCGAGAAGAUCAACGAUUCUUUUUGCGAUGAGAAAGGACGUCCUUUGGUAGACAUUCGAAUCAAGCACACGGUUAUUUUAGAUGAUCCUUACGAUGAUCCAGCAGGUCUUGUCGAGCCACCAGAAAGUCCUGUUCCUUCGAAAGCGCAGCUAGCCACGGUUCGCAUCGCCGAGGAUGACGACUUGAACGAAGAAACAGAUGUUGAGGCCGUUGAGAAACAGCGACGAGAGCGGGAAGCACGAGCGCAAGCCUUAACUUUAGAGAUGGUUGGAGAUCUACCUUUUGCAGAAGUCAAACCGCCGGAAAAUGUUCUCUUCGUGUGCAAACUUAAUCCAGUCACUACAGGUAAGACGCAAAACUUCAAAUCGAUCAUAAUGCAAAUACUAAUUUCUAUUCCAGAUGAGGAUCUCGAGCUUAUCUUCAGUCGUUUUGGCAAAAUCCUCUCUUGUGAGGUUAUCCGAGAUAAACGAACCGGAGACAGCUUACAGUACGCAUUUAUCGAAUAUGAAGAUCAAAAAUCUUGCGAACAAGCAUACUUCAAGAUGCAGGGCGUUCUCAUAGACGAUCACAGAAUCCAUGUCGACUUUUCCCAGAGUGUGUCAAAAUUAUCUGAUACCUGGCGAACGGCAACAAAUUCCAAGCGAAGACAAGGAGGCGGUGGUUUUGGUGGUGUCAGUGGAUUGGAGAAGAAGAGGCAGUACAAGAAUGCGGAUUAUAGUUCAGGACCAAGAAGAGAUAAAUAUGGUAUGGUUAUUGAUGAGGAUGAGUUGAGGAAGAGACAUGAAAGGGAAGGGAAACCCGAUGAGAAUAGGCGAGAAAGAAGUAGGAGCCCCCGCGAGGAUAGGAGAGAUUAUGGUUAUAGGGAUGACAAGCGAGAUGGUCGCAAUAGGGGAGAUAAGUACGAAGACAGGGACCGGAGGGACAAGGGUAGAUAUGAUGAACGGGAUAGGUAUAAGAGUGAUCGUGGCCCAAGGGAUGAUUAUAGGCGGCGAUAGCUCGAUAGCUACCCUUGUGAAAGUUGGCAAACCUGGCGUUACCGGAGUUGUAAUGGAAAUUUAUGGAGGAAAACCCACGAGAUCCAAAUCUGAAAUUGAGCAUAUUCCCUGUCCCAAUAUGCCUUC